CCCCACAUACUUCCAUACACACUACGCACACAUACAUACAUACAUUUGCCAGCUUUCAUUUCAUUCUCCCAAUGCCCCAUGACGAUGCGAGACUGCAAGUUGCUGCAAGUAUCUCCAGUGCUGGUCGGAGCAUCUCCACUCACUGCCAUUGUCUCAAGCCUCAAAUUGCUUUUUCUACACUUUACCGAAGUCAUAAGUAGGAGGUUGCACAUGAGUUGUCCUAGCCACCGAUGAAGACAGCACAUACGGCCCUAACUUACGGGUGAUCGACGUUACUCCUUUGAAAUCCAUUUCCCUCAUUAUCCAAUGCAUCAUACCGAGACAAUCGCAAAGUCAAGCUGUCGUGUUGCAUGGGUAUGCAAGUGCAAAGGCAUCUAACUUUAUCUGACUGCCACCUCAGAGUUUCACAUCAUUCUCAAUAUUUCUCCUCCCUCGUUAAUGGUACAUGCGGAUCAUCUAUAAGACCAGCUUCAAUUCCUGCGGAGUAUAACGCCAUUCCCGAACCCGCUCCCCACUGUUUCUCCUCCACACUAGCACUCAAUUCCAGAUCGAUCUAGCUCAAGACUUUGAACACUUCCAGUACAAACACAAUCCAAGAUGUCUUAUUCAACAUACUAUUCUGAAUCACUUACAUGGCAGGAGAAGCUCGACCGUAAGCAAUACAUGUUAUGAACACUAAACAUCAAAUUUGCUAAAUUCCUUCAAGUGAGAUGUCGCGAGGCACAGAUUCAACCCCCGAUUUUCCAGAUCGUAUCCGAUAAAAGAGGUAAAUUAUCCCACCUUCCCCUGAAGUUCAAUCUUCCUUCAAAGUAUACGAGUCUAACAUUUAUUUUAGGCGGACGAACAGCAUGGUCUAGCACAGUAUUUGUGUCAGGCCAGAAUAUUCCUGCACGAUACUGGUACGAUGGGCAAAACGUCAACACCAUGAAAGAGGAUGCGGCAGAAGUGGCAUUCAUACGCUUGACGGGAUCGAGCCCAACCUCACCUAUUCAAGGUCGAGGCGGGUGGUAAUGUCAACCUCACAACUAAAACUAUCAUCACUGCGGCCGAUGGUUUCGAUUUAGCCUGUAGGAUAAGAGUCGAUAAUAGGGUGAUUUGCCAUUUGCUGCAGCUUAGGCAAGGAUGGGCGAAUGCCAAUGAUACUUCAGGCGUCGGAUGGUUUUGCGGUGGAUUUUCACAGGGACAGCAAGGGCGCUGGAGUUUUAAUGCAGAAAUAUACUCCCAACAUUUUUUGGUUACAUUUUUUCUUUCUUGGGAGGUGGUGUGGAAAAGUUUUUAGUUAUGGAUUAUCCUUUUGAACCAUGGACUGGCUCCAGAUCUUGUUAUUAGCAAUGAAAUUUGAGAUCGCAAUUCCCUUC